GUUGAAUACACAGACUGAUACAGCAGCCCUUGCCACUACAAGCUCUCAUUCAACUAAGUCUCAAACAUCAGCUCCAACAACAGCCCCUGCCCCUAUAAGCUCUCCUUCAAAUGAGUCUCCUGCUACAACAGCCCUUGCCACUACAAGCUCUAAUUCAACUGAGUCUCAAACAUCAGCUCCUAUAAACCCUGUCACUACAAGCUCUCCUUCAACUCAGUCUCAAACAUCAGCUUCUCAAACAACCCCUGCCCCUGAAAGCUCUCCUUCAACUGAGUUUCAAACAUCAGCUCCUACAACAACCCCUGGCCCUAGAAGCUCUCCUUCAACUGAGUCUCAAACAUCAGCACCUACAAGUUCCUCUAACAACACUGGAAUGAUUGUUGGUGUAGUUUUGACAGUGAUUAGUUUUUUCAUUGUCACUCUCAUUUUCUUCUUCUGUUCAAGAAGACAAACCAAAAAACAAUGUCCUGACAUCCUUAUACACACCAUUAGUAAUGUUGCUUUGAGAAUAGAAGAUUAUGAAAAGUACUUUAAGCGGAAACAUGCGGAUUCCAACUGUGGCUUUGCUGAGGAGUAUGAGGAUUUGAAAUCUGUUGGAAUGGCAGAGUCAAAGAAUGCUGCUCUGGCUAUUGAAAACAAUGAGAAGAACCGUUACAGCAAUGUGUUACCUUAUGAUUCUUCAAGAGUGAAGUUAUCAGUGUGUGGCGGUCCCUUUGAUGACUACAUCAAUGCCAACUACGUCCCAGGCUAUAAUUCGAGAAAAGAGUUUAUAGCAGCUCAGGGUCCACUGCCCGUCACAGUGAAUGAAUUCUGGAGAAUGGUCUGGGAGAAGAACGUCUACACCAUAGUGAUGCUGACCAGAUGCAACGAGAUGGGACGAGUGAAAUGUGAGAAGUACUGGCCAUCUGAGACUACUCAAUAUCAUAACAUUUCUGUGACGACCACCUCAGAGACAGAACUGGAGAGUUGGACCACAAGAGAUUUCAAAAUAAAAAAUGUGAAAAUAGCAGAAACUCGCUACAUACGCCAGUUCCACUUCACGGCGUGGCCAGAUCAUGGAGCUCCAAAGACCACUGAAAUCCUCAUUGAUUUCAGACACCUGGUGAGAGAACACAUGGACCAAUACUCAUCCCAUUCUCCAACUGUGGUGCAUUGCAGUGCCGGUGUGGGAAGAACAGGGACCUUCAUUGCCAUUGACCACCUGAUCUUCCAGAUUGAAAGAGACAGCAUGGUGGACGUCUACGGAAUUGUUAGUGAUAUGCGCAUGCACAGACCUCUCAUGGUGCAGACUGAGGAGCAAUAUGUUUACCUCCAUCAGUGUGCUUAUGACAUAAUUCGAUCAAGAACUGGAACCAACGUGGACUUAAUUUACCGAGCAGAGCUCAGUGUCUAUCAGAAUGUAAAAUAUCAGAAAUUGUAAAUGUAAAUGACCUCAGGAUGGCCCUUGUCCAAAUUUAAGACUGCAUAAGCUGCAUAAUUUUAAGUUUUAUACGUACAGUACAUAUACAGGUGCAUCUCAAUAAAUCUGAAUGUUGUGGAAAAGUUUAUUUAUUUCAGUAA